CAUCGUUGAGGGAGUGCUGCACUGUUGAAGGGCCGAUAGUAAAGGAGUGUGACACUGUGAGAGUGUCAUUACCAAAGGUGGGCGACAGUAUCAAAGGUACCAUGCUGAGUAUUGUUAUCCCGAUAGUUCUUUCGUAUCAGUCCGUGUGUAUUCCUGGGCGAAUGUGCUCGUGUGGUCUCAGGAGUUGCGGAGGUCACGGCUCUGGGACAGCUGUUUCAUCGCCCUAUGCUGCAGAACCUGCCCCGGAAGAGAGAGCCCAGAGAAUUGCCAAAGCUGUCCGCAAACAGUCAAUAGAAGUGAAGGAAAAUUGGGAACAACUGAAAAUCCGUGCGAGCAACUGGCAGAAACAGGUGGAAAAGGCGUUGGAGAAACUUCAAGAACUGCAGAAAGUUCUGGAUGAUCUUGAGGCUCAUGUGAUAACAGCUGAGGGGGUCCACACUGAUCGGCAACCUGUGAGUGACCUGCUUCUUGACUCAUUGCAGGAUCACUUUGAUAAAACCACACAGCUUUCCUGGAGCAAGUCUGUUUUCCUUCGGAUGAGACGACUUUCAGACAUAGUCCCUUUAUUAUGAGAUUUAAUUGCGGUAAAAUGAGGAGCAUUUUUAUUCACUGAGACACAUGACUAUAUGUUUAAAGCAUUGGAAAAUGCGUUCUGUUCAGACUGUCAUGUUAUCUGGUGUUUGUACCAGGCUUUCCGAUUAAAUGCAAGUGAUUAAGGAUGCUAAUGAUGCCACAUGUUAUUACAAGAGGAAAUGAACAUACAAGUAAGGAUUUUAUGCCACAUUUAUACAUAGCAUGGACCGUGCAGCAUGGAUGCAGUGACUGAGUGAAAUGGGAUGCAGUGACUGAGUGAAAUGGGAUGCAGUGACUGAGGGAAAUGGGAUGCAGUGACUGAGGGAAAUGGGAUGCAGUGACUGAGGGAAAUGGGAUGCAGUGACUGAGGGAAUUGGGAUGCAGUGACUGAGGGAAAUGGGAUGCAGUGACUGAGGGAAAUGCUCACAGCGAAUUGCCCCCUCCAUCCUGACCCGCUCACAGCGACUUGCCCCUGCAGUCCUGACCCGCUCACAGCGACUUGCCCCUGCAGUCCUGACCCGCUCACAGCGACUUGCCCCCUCACUCCUGACCCGCUCACAGUGACUAGACCCUGCAGUCCUGACCUGCUCACAGCGACUUCUCUCUGCAGACCUGACCCACUCACAGCGAAUUACCCCUGCAGUCCUGACCCGCACGUUGCGACUUGCCCCUGCAGUCCUGACCCCCUCACAGCGACUCGCCCCUUCAGUCCUGUCCCAAUCACAAGGACUUGCCCUCUCUGUCCUUACCCGCUCACAGUGACUUGCCCCUGCAGUCCUGACCCCCUCACAGUGACCUGCCCCCUCACUCCUGACCCGCUCUGCAUUGAGGAAACCAAGCAGAGGCUUGGGGACCGCUUUGCAGAACACCUCCACUCGGUUCGCAACAAACAACUGCACUUCCCAGUCGCGAACCAUUUUAACACCCCCCUCCCAUUCCUUAGACGACAUGUCCAUCAUGGGCCUCCUGCAGUGCCACAAUAAUGCCACCCGAAGGUUGCAAGAACAGCAACUCAUAAUCCACUUGGGAACCCUGCAACCCAAUGGUAUCAAUGUGGACUUCACCAGCUUCAAAAUCUCCCCUUCCCCAACUGCAUCCCAAAACCAGCCCAGUUCUUCCCCUCCCCCGACUGCAUCACAAAACCAGCCCAGCCUGUCUCCGCCUCCCUAACAUGUUGUUCCUCUGACCCAUCCCUUCCUCCCACCUCAAGCCACACCUCCAUUUCCUACCUACCACCUCAUCCUGCCUCCUUGACCUGUCCGUCUUCCCUGGACUGACCUAUCCCCUCCCUACCUCCUCACCUGUACUCUCCUCUCUCCCUAUCUUGUUUUCUCUCCAUCUUCGGUCCGCAUCCCCCGCCUCCCUAUUUAUUCCAGUUCCCUCUCCCAUCCCCCUCUCUGAUGAAGGGUCGAGGCCCAAAAUGUCAGCUUUUGUGCUCCUGAGAUGCUGCUUGGCCUGCUGUGUUCAUCCAGCUCCACACUUGGUUAUCUUGGAUUCUCCAGCAUCUGCAGUUCCCAUUAUCAGUGGCAUUUUCCUCUUCAUCAAAGUUUGUGCAAAAGCAACACGAUAUGGGGCGGCACGGUGGCUCAGCGGUUAGCACUGCAGCCUCACAGCACUGGGGA